UGCCAUCGAAACCGUGAUACGUAUCGAGGCCUCAAUCAUACCGGUAAAUGAAAAGUGAUCGAUGAUACAAAAUGGCGCUUCCAACCUCCUCGUACGGCAGAAAAACAAUCCCCAAAGGGACGGCACAACGGAAACGCGGCGGUCGAUGCGCACUGACAUCACGGUGUACCCACGGAGUGGUCGUCCUUUCCAUUGGGAUCGCCAUGGCGGUUCUCUGCUGGGAGGCACUCCAUCUCGGUUCCAACCUCGAGAUCAUGGUCAUGGAACAACAACUGAUUGCGACGGCCAACGAGGGAAGGAUCGCGGCCCUCGAASGGAUCAAGAGGCUGCAGUCCGCUKCCGGCAGCGGCGAUGGCCCCACCGGGCGCCGCGAYYAUCUAGUUCCGAUCGUCGAACAGAGGKCACAACAGAGCGAAGAGCACCUUCCGGGAAGCUGUGGGGCCUUCGAUCACUCCGUCCGGCGACCCAGGCACGGGUGCCAGGUCAACAAGGACACGGAGACCGUCUUUUGCAACUUCGAAAACCUGAGGGUCGAUCCCCGCAAAAUUCACAUGGUGGCCAGGGGUGGGGAGGUCUUAUCGACGGUUAUGGGGAGAGAAGAAUCYGACGAGUUUCCUCUCUACCAGCGGGGAGCCUUUUCGACACCGGUCAAGCCACACUUCGAGGUUCCGAACGAGUUCCGACAAAAUAUGCACUACCUGGGAGAUGUUUUGAACGCCCUGCGGUAUCCUACUYCCAGGAACAAGCACCGACUGGACCUCUCUUGCAAGAAAAUCUACAAGGGAACGACCCUUUUUUUGACACGCUACGAAUACGUGAAUCUUUUUCACACCGUUACAGAUUGGUGGAACGCCUUCUUAGUCUCCUCGUCGGCACAAAACCACAGAGACGAAAAACCCGAUCGGGUCGUCUUUUUGGACGGCCACGCGGAAGGCCUGCUCGACUCCACAUGGAAAUCUCUGUUUGGAAACUUUCGAUUCGUAAAGCACAUGGAYGAGGGAUCCGGAGACGGCGGGCUUUGUUUCGAACGCGCUGUGUUUGUUCCCGCCGGAUACAAAUCGGAACUCUUCAAUGAGUGGAGAAUACCCCGGUGCCCCAGCAAGGGGAUGACCGACGCCUUUUCGGAGUUUGUGCUGGCACGGCACGGCCUGCUGCAGCAGCCGGAGGUGGCCAGGGGGCGCAUCGUUCUGAUCGACCGGCAGCCCUUCGUGUCGCACCCCAGGAGCAGCACCAGCAAUUUCCUCCGACAGUUCCGUGCGUCCGAUCUGGACGAGCUGCAGCGGCGGCUGGAGCGCAUACCCGGCACCACGGUCGAUCUCGUACGGCUCGAAACCCUUUCCGUUCGGGAGCAGCUCGAACUGGUGCGGCGGGCGCACGUCCUCGUUGGCAUCCACGGAGCGGGCCUCUCGCACCUGCUCUUCAUGGCCGAGAGCCGGUCCCACGUGAUCGAAUUCCUGCCGGACGACCAGGUGGAUUUCUUUGAGUACCUGAGCCGGUGGAAGGGGAUCGACUACACAUCGAUUCCCUUUCUCGAUACGCUGAGCGGGGGUCCGAUCGACGAUGCGGUGAGAAUCGUCAAAAACUACAUGGGAACAAAGCGAUAGCGAAUCGAGGCAACAUUCGAUGGGAUGCAUGGAUUGCUUUGAUGCUCUGUGGGCUGGACUAGMCGCUUGCUUAUCAAAUCAGCUG